AAAUAUGGUUAUUCUAUGGCAUCACUGCAAAGAACAUUUUUUGCACAGUUAUAUUUAAAAGUGAAGAUGGGAACUCCUUGAAUAUUAUUUAAAUAAGUAGCAUAUAAAUGCAGGAACUAGAACGGAAUUGCGCUCAUAUAGGGGCCGUUUAACUUUCACUUCGUGUCAGCGAACAACAGGCACUAGAGGAGGAAAGAACACUCUAAGGAAACAUGGAGAAAACCACUAAGGAUCACCUGAUCGACACUUUUGACGAUUUGGGAAAGGACGAUCAUAAGAAAUUUAAGCUCAAGUUGUGCGAUCGAAAGCAAGAACCGCGCAUCCGCAGAGCUAAGAUCGAGAAGACCGAAGACUCGCUGGAUCUGGCAGAUCUGAUGAUAACCCAUUUCACUUCGAACGGAGCGGUUGCAGUAACACUCGAAAUUUUAGAAGCCAUUGCGUGUAAUGAACAUGCAGAGGAGCUGAGAGAGAAAACAAAACGAAGCACCCCAGUGGCUCAACCUGAAGAGGUCGACCAAAAACCAGCACCAAGUGAUCUGAAGACUGUUGACUAUCUGUCAGAUGACUGUCCGGAACAUUUUACUCCAUGCAGCCCAACGUUUAAAGACAAAAUUCUCAAAGAAAAGGACAAGGAGAUUUACAAACAACUGGAUAAAUCCAAAAGAAAACGCUUGGCCCUGGUUAUUACCAACAUAAACUUUAAGAUGACUUCUAUGAAGAGAAGCGGUGCAGAGAAAGAUGAAGAGAACAUGGAGUGCCUGUUACGGCAGCUGGAUUAUGACGUUGUGAAACAUAGAGAUCUCUCUGGAAACCAAAUGGAUGAAGCCAUCAAGAAAUUUGCUCAACGAGAUGAACAUAAGAAUUCAGACAGCACCUUUGUGGUUAUAAUGUCCCAUGGAAUGCUGGGUGUCAUUUUAGGCAUCAAUUAUGAUAAGGAAAACAAUGACCUCUUCCCUAUUGAUAAUAUCUACAAGCAUCUGAACUCAGUGAAUUGUCCAGCUCUGCUUGAUAAACCAAAGGUUAUUCUUAUCCAAGCCUGCAGGGGAGAGGAACAUGGACGUGUGUGGAGUGAUGGAGUGCCUCAGGAGCCAAUGGGAAUAGAGGCAGAUGACUUUGUGCACAAAGAGAAAGAUUUCAUCUCACUGUUGUCCUGCACCCCCGAAACCAAAUCCUACAGGCACGUUAAGUUUGGAACAUUUUAUGUCAGGUGCAUACUGAAGGUGUUUAGGAAAGUUGCACAUGAGGAUCACAUUGAGGAAUUGUUCAGGAAGGUUAUGAGAUGCUUUGAGAGUGAUACACGUAUGGGGCCCUACAAACAAAUGGUGUGUAAAGACAGAGCAACACUGACCAAGCUCUUCUACCUUUUCCCUGGACUCUGAAGGCAUACUUCAGUCCUCUGUGAAUUAUAGCCCUGUGGCAUAUAGAGUCUUCAUGUCUGUUGUACAUAGGCCUGAACAUGCUUAAGUUACAUUCCUGUUGCGGUUGAAAAAACGGGUUCUUUUACAAACAAGAAAAAAACGAAUUGAUGAUUAUUCUGUCCAGAUUGUAAACAGGGCUGUUUGUAUGUUUCCAACAUAUGAUUGUCAUAUUAUUUUAUCAUUAUGAUUAAAAUGUUUCUAUUAAAUUGAUACGAUUUUCCCAUUA